UGCAAAGCAAGGUCAGUGGGCUCCAGUUUUGAUCCCCUUCCUUUUCCAUGUAAAGAACCACAACGAUUAGAUGGGUUGGUAGCUAUCUACUGUACUAUUCCAUUACAUGCACUGUGACAACAAAACGUGUGAAAACUAAAACUAUAUUGUGUCUGUAGUGUCUACCCACUUAUACACACUCUCGGGCUUCUUCUUGGUGUCUGUUCAGAGCCCCAUGGCUUGGCCUCCAAAGGUCAGAUGGGGACAGAUUCUAAUCAAUCUUUUCAAUGCAGACUGUCUGAAUCCCAGCCGUCAGCGCCUCCCAAGGGACCCCGACCAGCAGACCGUAAGGCGAGUGCCUCCCACAUGCACGAACAGUAGAGAUGCGCCGGUUCUGGGGGGACGCCGGAGGAUGGGAAUCUACGGAGACGGAGGAUCAGAUGGACUGCGGGAAGCCUCGAGCUGCGCAAUCAGAAGUCCUCCGAGUCGCUGGGUUCGGGCAGCACGUGCAGCAAACCCGGACGGGGCAGAGAACCCUCAGCUCGCCCCCGAGGCGAGCUUAUUCCGGGUCUGGCCGGCGCAUCCUCUUCGUCGGCCCGCCCGCCCGCCUCAAGCACUCCUCGGAGGUCCUGCGUUUCCCGCAGCCGAUGGCUUUGGAAAGAGCCUUCUGGAGCAAAACUUGGGUCUGGAAGGUGGCGACGGAGAAAGGGCGGCGUCGCGAGCAGCUCAAAGGAGGGCGGGCUGAGACAGCCGGAACCGGGACGUGGCGCGAGAGCGGCGUGCGAGGUUGCCCCCUGGCGCUCACCUUCGGCCGCCUCCGGGGGAGUUUCGUCUCUUUCCGUCAGUUGCAGCUCGGCCCUCCGCCCCCGGCGGGCUCUAUUCCCCGGGCCCGCCCCGCCCAGCCCCACUUCGGGCCUUGGACGCCUCGACACUUCGACCCGAGAGCGCGUCCUUCCAGGACCCGCCUUCCGUCUAGCGCGUCCCACUCUUCCAGACCCCCGAGCCAGGAGCGUCCGGGACGCAGAGCCCGGAACUGGGAGGACGCGGCGUUUGCGGGUCCUGGGCUAGAUUCAUCAGGAUUCAUUUUUGAUUUGCAGUCUAAUACUGUACUGGCUCAAGGAGGAGUUUUUGAGAACAUGAAAGAGAAGAUAAAUGCAGUACGGGCAAUAGUUCCCAAUAAAAGCAACAAUGAAAUCAUCCUGGUUUUGCAGCACUUUGAUAAUUGUGUGGACAAAACAGUACAAGCAUUCAUGGAAGGUAGUGCCAGUGAAGUACUCAAAGAAUGGACAGUAACAGGCAAAAAAAAGAACAAAAAGAAGAAAAGCAAACCAAAACCUGCAGCAGAAACAAGAAUCGGUACCCCAGAUUCCAGCCAAUCGGUUUCCGUUCAAGAAGAGCAGCCUGUGCCUUCCUCAGAGAAAGGUGGCGUGAAUGGCUACCAUGCCAGUGGUGCCGUCAACGAUGGUGGCAUGAAUGGGUACCAUGCCAGUGGUGCCACCAACGAUGCCGAGUCUGUGGACUCGCUCAGCGAAGGUUUGGAGACACUCUCAGUGGAGGCCCGAGAAUUGGAAGGUCCUGAGUCGGCCGCACCAGAUACACUGGGUAGAACAAGAUCUGUGCUGGAGAAUGGUGUCUCUGACUUUGAGCCCAAGUCUUUGACUACCUACUCUGUUCAGAAUGUUCAGAACUCCAGGAAUGCUGCCAAGUCUCUGUCAAGAUCCACCUCAGGACCUCACUUUUCAAAUCUGGGAAUGGAGGAUGUCCCACUCUCGUCUACUAAUAAAAAAUUAGGUUCCAAUAUUGAAAAAUCUGUAAAAGACCUUCAGCGCUGCACAGUGUCUCUUGCACGGUAUCGAGUUGUAGUUAAAGAAGAGAUGGAUGCUUCCAUUAAGAAAAUGAAGCAGGCUUUUGCUGAAUUGCAGAGUUGUUUAAUGGAUCGUGAAGUGGCAUUGCUUGCCGAAAUGGACAAAGUGAAAGCUGAAGCAAUGGAAAUUUUACUCAGUCGACAAAAGAAAGCCGAGCUUCUAAAGAAGAUGACUGAUGUGGCUGUGCGGAUGUCAGAGGAGCAGUUGGUUGAGCUCAGAGCUGAUAUCAAGCACUUUGUUAGCGAACGUAAAUAUGAUGAGGAUCUGGGACGAGUAGCCCGGUUCACUUGUGAUGUGGAGACUCUGAAGAAGAGCAUUGAUUCAUUUGGACAAGUGUCCCACCCAAAAAACAGUUAUUCAACCAGAUCCCGAUGUAACUCAGUCAUACCUGUGUCCUUGAGUGGCUCUAGUGACGCCUGUGCUGCUUCCUCUUCCACCUGUGCCUCUGCUCCCAGCCUGACAGGUGCUAGCAAGAGAAAUUCUGCAUCAGGAGAAGCUCCUGCAGCUACAGCAAACUCUAGCAGCCGGCCCUGCCAGCCUCAUCGGGAGGUAAUCCAGCUUCCACACCGAGCCUGUGAGAGAGAAAAGGUGUUGCCGGGAAACAGAAGAGGACAAGGUUAUAGGCCACAAGGCCAGAAGUCCAAUGACGCUGCGAACCAAGGACGACAUGACAGUGCGGGUCAUUACAGAAAUAGCUCGUGGUAUUCAUCUGGUUCCAGGUAUCAGAGUGCUCCAUCCCAGGCGCCAGGAAACACUAGUGAGCAGGUCCAGGCUCACUCUGCAGGGACCAGUGGAAAUGGAGCCACCAUGGAGCCUAGCCCAUCUAAACCCUCAUUCAGAAAGGGGCUCCCCCAGCGCAAACCCAGAACCUCUCAGCCCAGAGCUGCGAACUCUUGAGAGAAAUUCCAGGGAAAUUCCAGUCGCUUCUCUACCCCACACAAUUCAACAUGAUAACUGGACUUUAGGAAAUAUGUAGUUAGGUUUAAUAACAAAAAGAAGUUUAUGCAUAUCACUUUCUGUGCCAUUCUAAAUAUUUUUUAUUUCUUCUCUCCGUAUAUCUUCUUUAUUUUCAGAGGGGGAGUUGUUUUUUCCCUUGACUUUUCCCGAUGAUAUGCUGAUUGUGAUCGGUCUUUCCCACCAGGGAUCAGGGAUAACAGGGGCCAGGUUUCCCAAGGGUGAGCAACAUUGCACCAGGUCUUCCAUCUGCCCAAAGAGGCCUUACCCAACAAGCCCCCGCUAUCGAGGCUGUCUCAGGAGGAGUGGGUCAGAGAUAGACCUGUCACCUUCUUACUAUAAGCAGAAGCCAUGGAUUCCUGCCAGGUCCACUCUAAAGAACAGUUUCACCAGGAAGGGAUUGUCUGUUGCACUGGAUUAGCCAGAAAAGAGUGCAAAUUGGUGAAAAAGAGAACACAAGGAAACAUUGGAUAAUCUGCCUCUGUCCCAGAACGUGCCUGAGACUUGACACUGGAAGCAGGGUUUCAGCUCCCUGCUUGGCAUCAUAGCUUACCCUGUGGUUCUUCAAAAUGCCCAGAGCCUUGUUUCCUGUGACCGUAGGCCAGCCUGAGGCUGCAGACCACUCUGAGGAAGUCUAUAGGAAGUUAGCAUUCAAGGAAAGUUUUUUAAAAGUUGUAAAUACAUACCUCUUUGUUUCAGUGUUUCGAGAUUUUUGUUGUUGUUCGCCUCCUUUCCUGAAUCCUGUUCUUAUCCUGCACCACAUUUAUAGCAAUAUAAUUAGUGUUAAUCUGUUGCCCAUCAAAAAUUGCUGCAGUCAAUCUUUAUAGAGGAAUAAAUAAAAAUAACUGUAUAAAUGUUCCCA